GGGCGCUAGCGAGUCCGCACACCUCUCCGCUAAAGAUGUGAAAAUGGCGGAGCUACAAAUGCUUCUGGAAGAGGAGAUUCCAGCAGGACGAAGCGCUCUCCUGGACAGUUUCACCAAUUUGGAAAGAGUCGCGGAGUACUGCGAGAGCAACUAUGUCCAGUCUCCAGAUAAGCAGAGGGCGCUGGAGGAGACCAAGAACUACACCACCCAGUCUCUGGCCAGCGUAGCCUACCUGAUCAACACGCUGGCCAACAAUGUCCUGCAGAUGCUGGACAUCCAGGCCUCGCAGCUCCGCCGCAUGGAGUCCUCCAUCAACCACAUUUCACAGACGGUGGACAUCCACAAAGAGAAGGUCGCCCGGCGGGAGAUCGGCAUCCUCACCACCAACAAGAACACAUCCCGCACGCACAAGAUCAUCGCCCCGGCCAAUCCGGAGAGGCCUGUGCGCUACAUCCGCAAACCCAUCGACUACAGCCUGCUGGACGACAUGGGCCAUGGAGUCAAGUGGUUGCAAAGGUUUAAGGCCAGCGCUCAAAACAUGAAGGCCGGAGGAGUAGGUGGACUUCCUCGCACCAACCCCCCAACACAGAAGCCCCCCAGCCCGCCCAUGACGGGGAAAGGGACCCUUGGGCGACACUCCCCCUAUAGGACGCUCGAGCCGGUGCGUCCACCCGUUGUCCCUAACGACUACGUCUCGAGCCCGACGCGCAACAUGGCGCAUCCCCAGCAGAGCCCUGCACGCACUGCAUCCGUUAAUCAGAGGAACCGCACGUACAGCAGUGGGAGCAGCGGAGGAAGCCACCCCAGCAGCAGUCGCAGCAGCAGCCGAGAGAACAGCGGCAGCGGCAGCGUGGGCGUGCCCAUCGCCGUGCCGACCCCAGCCCCGCCCACCGCCUUCCCAGGUUCAGCCCCCGCCCCGUCCAACCCGGCUAAACCUCCCCCAAACACUGCCACAACUCCCGGGCCCCCUUCCUCGGGCCUCGACGGUCCCCCACAGGCCCCCAAUCCCCCCGUAGAGAUCCCACCUGUCCCCCCACCUCCUCCCCAGCUCCCCGCCUCCGUGGCUCCCACAGGCCCUGCUGCUUAUGGCAACCCUGCACAAGGUGCUCCUCAGUUCUACAGCAUGAACCGCCCGGUGCAGCAGACCCAGAACGCUCCGGUGGGAGGCUCGCUGCCGUACCGCCGACCCUCCUCCGUCACCGGUCAGCCCAACAUGGCCCACAACCAGAGCCAGCUCAACGGGGGGCCGCACUUCGCCCAGAACCAAGGCCCGCUCGCGCCCCCUCCCCCCUCCAUGCAGAUCACCCCUCAGCUGCCUCUGAUGGGCUUUGUGGCCCGAGUUCAGGAGACCAUCUCAGACGUGCCGCCGCCGCCUCCCCCUGCCGACGAGCCGGUGUUCAAGGAGCCGACACCUCCGCCACCGCCGCCCGAAGACUACGAGGACGACGAGGACGAAGAGGAGUCGGCGGUGGUGGAGUACAGCGACCCGUACGCCGAGGAGGACCCGCCCUGGGCGCCACGCAGCUACCUGGAGAAAGUGGUGGCCAUCUACGACUACACCCGCGACAAAGACGACGAGCUCUCGUUCCAGGAGGGCGCCAUCAUCUACGUGAUCAAGAAGAACGACGACGGCUGGUACGAGGGCGUGAUGAACGGCACCACGGGCCUCUUCCCCGGCAACUACGUCGAGUCCAUCAUGCACUACGCCGACUGAACGCACCCUCCCGACCGCCGCCAUCGCCGCCGGGGUGAGGGACGGGGGAAGUGGGGGAGGGAGGGGAGCUAAGGGUCAAAGACUUUGAUCAGACAGAGCAUGAUCACCUCCGGGGCGAGAAAAGAGAAGAGACGGGAGGGAAGAGGAGGCAGCAACGCGACGAGCUGACGCCCAGUCAUUCUCUCGACAUCGCCGCCAUUGUAAAACAACCACUACUCUAGAUAAGACGUCUUCAUUUGCUCCUUCACGGGACGGACUGAGGCCACUACAUUCGCUUAUUUCCGCUUCUUCCUCUUCGUUUCUUUUCGAUUCGCCCUUAUUAUUUGAAGCUGUAUUUAUUAGCGGUGGGGUAAAUGGUGAGCAGGCAGGAGGGAAACGUCCUCGAAAAACUAAGAAAAGCACAUCAGACGUCUUAAGGAUCCCCAGGAGUGCUUUAAAUUUAUCGAUCAAACGCUUUCCCGGUGAAGGAAUCGUCCUCCAGAUCCUCGAAUGCACAACGACCCAAAUAACCUGUUUUCUUUACUCCUCUAGGUCCAGUUUUUGCUUGCAGAGCGGAGGCAUGUUACGACGAGGAUUAAAAAAUUCUGCUCUGCUGAUGAUUAAUGUCUUAAUAUUUUUAGAUAUGGUGUGGUUUGGUUUUUGAUAUUCACCCACGACGACGACGACGAUGCAUUUAGGUCAUUUCUAAGAUGCUUGUGCCAUACUGAAGUGUGUGUUGCUGUUCAGAGGUCAUCACUUCAUUUGCAAUAAAAUUUGGCCGGAAGUGGGUUCGUUGAGAAACUUUAUCUUUUUUCUUUUUCGUUUUUUUUUCCUUCCCGGCGUUGUUUUGAAUCGAAAGCACAUACAUUUGUAGUUUUAAAAAAAAAAUAUUAAAAAGGUUUAGAAGAGAAGAAAUAAUAUAAAUGUGAGAUGUAUUAUCAAAAACGGGACUUUAACCGGAUACGAAAAGAAGCCAGCUGUCGUGGUGAAAAUGGUUUUAACCGUCGCAAGCCCCCUCCUCCUCAAUGAAAAAAUAUGGCGCCGUUUGUCCUCCGUACAGUUUAAUACGCUUUGGUGUCGGCGAGGGCUCCGUGCUUAUGUCAGAAUCUUUAUUUUCUAUUUAAAACGAGAAAAAACACUCAAAAAAAAAGUGGGUCUGUGUGUGAGUCUUGCAUGCCAUUGUUCUUAUCUGUACUGGUGUCCCAAAAACCUACGUGGCGAGAAUCACCCAUUUAAAAAGACCGAGCGGGAACCACCAGCCUCGUCCAAAGAGACUGUUUCAGUCCGGGAGUCGACCUCUGACCCGGGGGGGAGGGAGACGCCUCCUCACCCCUCUCCCCCACCGACAGUAGCCGUCAUUACAACAAGUGGUGAAAAAUUUAAAAAUCGUGUGUGUUUUUAAAAAGCUGCUAGUGAAUCCUGCGGCGGGGCGGAGAAGACGACACUAAAAAGCCCGAAGCUCCUGCAGGAUCCACAGCCUCCCUGGAGUCACAGACAGUUAACAGUCCAUAAUGCCAUUGUGUUGCACAGUUAAAGUUGAAUUGCAGAAGUAUCAUAUUUGUAAAAUCAUGAGAACAAAGACAAUAAAAUUAUUAAGAUUUAUCGA